AUGUACAUCAGUACGUCGAGGUUGGGGGGUCACAUGAAAAUGUUAGUACAGCCAACAAUAGAGGGCCAUGAAAUAUUGGACUGUCCGUCCUUUUCAUUUUUGGUCAAGCACCCCUCUGGUCGUAAGAUCUUGUUCGACCUUGGAACCCGGAAGGACUGGGAAAACUUUCCACCAACGAUUCUCAAGAUAUUCAAGGAGCAUCAACUUACGGCCAAGGUUGAAAAAAACGUGUCGGAGAUCUUGGAAGAACAUGGAUUUGCAGUAAGCGAAGGUGCUAUCGAGGCAGUCAUCUUUAGCCAUUGGCACUAUGACCACAUAGGCGACAUGAGUACAUUUCCUUCUUCAACAGCACUUGUCGUUGGCCCAGGGUUCAAGGAAGCCUUUGUACCAGGCUAUCCAGCGCGCCCAGACGGACUACUACGCCAAUCUGACUACGAGGGCCGCGAACUCCGAGAGGUGUCGUUCGAUACGAAGACGCAUCCAAGGAUUGGAGGUUGUCUCGCAGUCGAUUUUUUCGGAGACGGCAGUUUCUAUCUCUUGGAUGCUCCAGGACAUGCGAUCGGACAUCUCUGCGCUCUUGCAAGGACGAGUAUAGGAGGGGAUGGAGAGCAGGAUACUUUCAUCUUCAUGGGAGGAGAUGCAUGUCAUCACGCAGGCGAAUUCCGACCUACAGAAUACUUGCCACUUCCAACACAGAUUCAACUUCACUCAAGUGCUCACUGGCCCAAAGGGAUUUGCCCUGGAGCAAUAAUGCAGCAGUUGCAUCACAAGAAAAGUGCCUGCGAGCCCUUUUAUGAUAUGGCUGAAGGAUUUGCUCUCAACCGCGGGGAGGCGGAGCAGACCAUUCGAAACCUGGAAGCAUUUGAUGCGGCAGAGAAUGUAUUUGUCGUGAUCGCACAUGAUCAAACACUACUAGAUAUUGGGAUGUCAACGUUUCCAAAGGGCGUGAGUGAUUGGAAGAAAAAGGGAUAUGCUGAGGAUGGUCGAUGGGCCUUUCUGGAGGAUUUUUCAGUUGCAGCGAGCAAGAUCACGCCUGUAUAG